AUGAAGCACAAAAUGAAGCGCCUGAUAGUCGAGAUACUGAUAGGAAUACUCAAUGUGCUUUACUUGAUAGUUUUAAUAGUUAUUGACAUAGUAAUGAUCACGACAAAGUUGAGUGUGUACUUGCAUGUGUCGUAUAGUAUUCGGUGUAUAGGGUAUACAUUCAUAGUGAUUUUAUUAUUGUACUCAUCGGUUGGAGUCUUUAAAGUCAAUAUUAGGCAACUUGAGCAAUACCAUCCAAAGCCAUUUACAAUGGGACUUGUCGGGUUAAUAGUGUGUGUGUCGCUUUCGACACGAAUUGUGUAUGACUUCACAAGCGCGAUAUUGGGAGAGUCACUGCUGUCUUUGUUGUGUUCGACACCAUCCGACUUUUGUCGAGACAACAUGGGAGUCGCUUUCUUCAUCAGCGAAGUCAUCGAAACAAUUUUAAUGAACUUAUGGGAAAUCUUCCCUUUAAUAGCUUUCGUAGUACUCUUCUGGAAACUCCCAAAACAAAAUAGAAACAUCACACCUUUUCCUAACAUCGACGAACUAAGUUACUACGACGACGACGGAUCGGGAAGCAUCUUGUACGACGUCAAAACUCCACUGGUCCCUAAGUAA